UUCGCGAAAUAGAGUUAAACUGAAACAGGAGAAAAAACUUCAAAAGGUAUUUUUUGAACGUAAAAGAUUGCAGAGAAAAUUUAAAAAUGUUACUAAUCCUAUCUCUGUAAAGACGAGCUCAACUCCUUCAAAUGGAAGUACUCAUGAGCCAUCAUCAAUUAGCCAAGACUUACUUGCACUUCAAGUCAUUACUAAGACACAUGCAAAACCAUAUGGAAGUAAUCGGGAAAUUCGACUGCCAAAAAAGGUUGAUCUGGAUCACCCCAAUCGCCAUGAACCGAAAUUUAAAAACGAAGAAGUCUUAGACCUACCUUUACCAUCCACGAUAAAGCCCUCAACACUAGAAUUAUCUGAUGCCCGUGAUCAGGAAAAACAUAAAUCACAUAAAUCUACCCCAUGUCACCUUCAUCGGCACCAAAGAAAAAGACCGGAUUCAAACGAAUCUGAUUUCCCAGAAUCUCAGAAACGUUUUAGAAAUUCAGACUCCUGUGAACUGAUACAGAUAAAAAAGCCUGAGCUUUCCAAUGCUUUUGAUUUUAUUUCUAAUCCAGACAAGCCUAGUGCAAGAUUUAAGCAGGGCAAAGGAACCAAAGAUCAGCACAGGUCUAUGGUAUCAGCUCAUCGCCAAUUCAUACAACGUAGAGUUGAUUCGUUCGAGUUGAAUAACUUUGAGGAUGUGAAACGAUUGCGCCAGGAAGAAAUGUUUUCAUCCAAAAAGACAACUCUUGCCACUAUUUAUGAAGAAAAAGAGAGACAUCUGAAUAGUAAACGCAUGCCACCUGAAAAACGACAUUACUCCAGACUGACACCUAAAUACCACACGACUGAAUUAAAGUCCCCGUUUAUUCCUUAUGCUGCCCCUGCUCCGUGCUCAUUAGCCUCCAGAAACUCCAGUCAUGUUAGUCACGAGGAUACAGGCUUUCCAACCCCACUGAAAUCUGACUUUUUGAUAAGUCAUCCGUCUAGUCCAAAAAUAGAAAGAAGUAAGAAAGACGAUUACAUUGAUUGUCAUAAUAAACUAGAAGAAACAGAGAUGUUUCAACCUUUAUCACAAAAUACAGAAAAGGAAAAAUUAUAUUCAACUGGAAAUAUUUGCAAUGAGAAGAACAGUCAUUCUUUUAACGUCACAAUGGAGAACAUCAAUGACUACCCUUUACCUUCCCCAGCUACAAACAAAAUCACCAUAGAGUGUCUCAACAAAAGUGAUCCCAAAUCAUUUCUAACAGACUUACAAAUAUUAGAAGAAAUUAUUUCUGAAGAUAAGCGCGAACCUGUCAAGGCAAGCCCAGAUAAAACGAUGAACAUACAACAUCCAUCACCACACUAUACAAGAAAAAUGGAGGAAAAGAUAGAUUGUCAUAGAAUUACACGGAAUGCUGGCGAAAUCGAAGAAAAAAUAUCAGAUGUUUGGAAAAAUUUUAUUACCACUCCGAAACAAAAAAAUGCAGAAACACUAACCAAUGAAGAUGGAAAACAGGUUGUUCAAGUUGAAAAACUUGAUUCCCACUUCUCGCAGGAUUCACCACAUAAAAACGAUGAAAAUGGGCCAAUUGCGGCGAAUAUUACCAAUGAAUGUUGUAGUCCACGACGCUCAAAGAUUGCAGCUGAAGAAUUAAAAGAGGUCUUAGCAGUACAACAGUAUCAGAGCAGUCAGGAAAGUUUAUAUUAUUCCAGUUGGUCAUCUACGGCAUCAGAAAAUGAGGUCAAUGAAAAAACCUCAACUACUGAAAAGUUGGCUUCGAGUGAGGUGAUGAAAAGCGAUCAAAAAGAUACAUCCGAGGUACCUAUCUCCUCACAGGACCUACCAAGCACUUCAACGUUAAAACAUCUUCAAAACAACAUUCAGAAACAGAUCUACACACUCGGCGUAACAGACGGACUGAAACACUUGUCAAAAUCUAAAGACAUACCAGUCGGAAAUACAGACCAGGAAGAAUCCAAUCUAACUGUAUUUCGAAUAUAUCCCUUGAACAAAUCGAAAGAAAAAUCUACACAAACGUUUUUAGUAGAUAGUACAAAGCCUACAGUUAUUCACAAGGCAAUACAAUGUGAAAUAUGGACAUCAAAUACAUUGAAUUAUCCAGAAGGUAAUUCAUGUGAAGAUAAGAUAUCCAUCACUAAUGCCACAGUGGAUUCCAACGACUCGGGUCACCCAAACACAAAUACUAGAGAACAUACUUUGAAGAGUGUAAUGGGAUCAUUCGUUGAUGAAGACAUGGAAAAACAAACCAUCUUGGAAUGUUGUAUAGGAUCUCCAGAUAGUGAGAGUCUUCCAGACAAGACAGGACUAAGUAUCAAAUCAAGCAGCAUUUUAAAGCUCGAUGUGGUGUCUCUCAAUGAUCCAGAAACGGGUGAAGAAGAUCCUCAACAGAAUGAUGUAGGCGAGACUCACUCUCACACGGCACAAAAUAAAAGUGAGGACACAGUUUCUCAACGAAAUAUUCUGGAGAGAGACUCCGAAGUGACGUCAACAGAUGGUGAAAGCAUUGUUGGAAUCGGGAAAUCAACCCCACCAUUACUUGAAAUAUCUACAAAUAGCGUGAAUGAUACAACUACUUCAAAUAACCCAGAAAUUAACGGAGGCAUCGAGAGAAAAAAUUGUGAUCAACACCUUCAACACGCUAGCCCUGGGAAGAAUGUAUCAGAGGUAUCUAAGGUUUCACCGAAAAUUUCACCUUUUGCUAUACAAAAUAAUCACAUAACCUUGGAAUGCAACGACAAUGUAGUUAUUGACAGCAGAACAGAGAAAACAACAAUUUCACUUGAAAAUAUAACAGAGAAGAAUGACACAAUUGACAGCAAAGUUAGGCCUCGAGAGAAUGAAGAUACCACACCAUAUGACCUACCUAAAAAUAUGGAAAGUUGCAAAAACUUGCAUUCUAAAGAUACUGCGAUAAUAAACGAGAAUAGCAGUUAUAGCACACUUCAAGAGAGACGUUGAUUUGCAACAAGUUAUGUCUUAUGAUUAUAAUGCAUUAAGAACA